GAUGAAGCGUUUAUGAAAAAAAUGGCUACUUUUAAAGUGCAUUCCGAAUGAGAAGAAAAAUCUAUUUAUAUUUUUCUCCAUGCAAACAUUAAUCUUUUGCAUUUUACAAAUAAACAUACAACUUCCAUUAUCUGUUUAUCUUGUUGGAUAUUAUACAGGAUUUAUCUAUCUUCUUUAACAUCCCAUAAUUAUUCGUUUCCUCAUUUCUUCCUUGCUUGGCAACGGCGUUCUCCUACUCUUUUUACGCCUGGCUCAUUCGGAGCGAGAUUUUCCUCCACCGUGUGUCCUCUUGCCACCUCUUCGUCUUCCUUCUACCGUUCUGACGACAAGGUUGUUCAGUCGCUAUACGACCUUCUUCCAGGGUUACGAGUCCUUGGGCUCUGAUUUUUCGUUCUUGACACGCUAAUUGCAAAAGAAACGUUUUUCCAAGUUGUUAUCCGUGAUUAUCAACUUCUAUCAAAAUUGUGUUGCAUCAAAAAUCGCGCGCUGAUGGAUGAAUAAAUAACAUCAAGAAUCGCGGAAAUCCAAGAGGAGGCUUCGAUUUUAAAUCUGCUCACCUUUUAAAUCUGUGAUUCACAAUCUUUCCACACAAAAUCAAGACAUCGUGUGUAUGAAAUGCGGAGACGCUUAUGGACGCUCCUCGCUGUUCUGACAUGUGUGUCGGGCGAGUAUCUGAUGGGCGGCCACCUGGACAACAAUGCUGGAUUCCGACGAUCCGGCAAGAUCGAGAAUUCUUCCACGGAGCGUAAGACGCGUUUAGAUGACCUUGACCUGGAUCUCGUGGCGGAGGAGAGUGCCGUUGGCGUUACCGCUGUCGCUCCAACCGGUGACAACGACGGCGACGUUCCACGUUACCAUAUUCCGUAUCCUUUCGCCUUCAACGGAGGUAAGCCGUUCUCGUUGGAGAAAGAUCCGAUAACUGGUAAGAUCGACUUCGAGAAGGCACCGCCUGUCAAAGCCCUCAAUUACACCGAUCAUUAUCGCAAGAGUGAGGAUAAAGAGAGCGAGGAUGAUGAUAGAGGCGAUGACGAGAAGGACGCGUAUCUGGAACGUAAAAAGAACAAGGACAACGAAGAUGUCAGUCCGAACGAGAUCAACACGUAUGCUAAUUUUCACGAUUUCCUCAAUCUGCCGGUUCACUACUCCUCGGACAAGUACGGGAACGACAAGUAUCCAUUAAUCUCGAGCUCAUACGCGAAUACGAAGGUGCAGAGUGGCACCAAUAGCUACAGCACAUACAAUCACAGACCUUAUCAUCUCGAGAAUGAUCUGUACGUACGUCCCAUUAAGAAUUCUUAUGCGUCGAUAACGAAAACAAGUACGCACAAGACCACGACUAUCGAUGAUAAAGCGACGAGUCCACCGACAAUCACGACUUCCGUACCGAUCAUGACUACGAACUCGUCGCGAACAAUGCUUUCUACUUCGACCAAAGCACCUGCUGUAACCACGUGGAAACCGACCAAUACUCCGAUCGCGUUUCACUCGAUCGAUCGCACGGAGGUGGAAAACGAGAAGAAUCUUCUGCCGAUCGAAAAACUGCACGCUUCCGGUCACGCGGAAUCUCAUCGAAAUCCGAGCAACGUCCCGAUGCGAACUCCAAACGGUGGUACAAUAAUGGAGAAGACGCAAACUUCCCCGCUUCACAAAGAUCAUUCGAAUCUCGAUAAUUUUGUGCUGUCUCAUGCAAAACCUGAAACGAAACCGGCGGAAAAUGAAGAAUAUAAAGAUUCUUAUGACACUUACGAGUUGCCGGACGGUGAGAGCGAGGGCGACGGUGACAGUGAAGGUGACAGCGAUGGCAACAGCGAAGAAAAUGAUUACUUUUUACCAUUCAAAGAUUUAUUGAAGGAGAUCACGUCAGUAUCUUCCACAACUAUUUCUCCAACAGCAUCGACCACAAUCGCCACCACCACCGCCACCGCCACUACCACGACGACGGUUACCGCAUCAUCGGCAAGAACUACGACGACGGCCGCUCCCACGGUCAUGCCUUCGCGAUCCGUAUCUUCGACGUCGUCCGUGCUUCGAGAAGAUGCAUUGGCAAACAGUCAGCCUCAAUUCCCAAUGAUGCCGCAACAUCCGGUCGUCUCCACAUCCUUGAACAGUGAUCGAAGGCAGAGUAUUACAGAGCGUCACGAUGAUAUAAUCAGUCACGGAUAUAGACCAAGCCCAAUGUCGAUCAAGCUGGAACCGAACAGAAUAGGAGCGGGGACCGUGAUAGAGAGUACGAGCAACAUUGUGAUUCCGCCGGAUCAGGAUACCGUGUCUUUUGUUCUCGGUAAUCGUCAAAGCGUCGAAGGUGGUUACUAUUCGGUCGGGACAGCCGUUGGAGAGAAUCUUUACGGCAGUUUGUCCGACGCCGACUCCGCACUCUGGCCGCUUCACAACGAUCCGCACGGUCCAAUAAAGGGUGUUAAACAUGAGCAUUCACCAGCUUAUUCCGUCACUGAAUUACCGAGUCCCGAUCGCGUCACGCAAAAAUGGUGGCCACCUAGUCCCUUAAAAACCAGUAACGAAAUUGAGCCGAUAAAGUCUCAGAGUCCUCUUGUCGCUAUUGCAAGCGCAGUAAUUCAAGAUACAAAGAAUCAAAGCAAAGAAAAAGAUUCCGGCUACGUCAUUUUUCCGAAUGAUGAAACGAAGGACAAGAAUGCGACAACGACGGAGGAGCGUAUCGUAAUCGUAAAUGAAGCGGAUGGUAGCAUUCGUGAGUUAAUUACCCCCAAGACGACGACGUUAACAACGACAAUAGCGACAAUGACAACGAAUAAAACGAAGCUCAAUGUUUCGGCAACGAUUGGCGGAAACUUGCCACAGCUCGCCGAGGACUUGAUACCUCCUGCGGAAAGUCCUAGGCCACCAUCAUACUACUAUAAUUAUCAGUACGAUAUAUCAAGACCGGAUCAUUCGAGAUUACCGCAGAGAUCACCUCUGCCGCCGCCACCACUUCGUAUCAAACCGCACUCGGUACCCCCGUUGGACGCGGGCCUUAGGAAACGUCCAUAUUCGCCAGACACGAAGCUGCCUAAUAUUCUGCCCCAAUUUCGACCUAACGCGAAAGCGUCACAUGGUCAUCGCGGUCCGGACGCGAUAGGAACGAUACCGGCCGGGCAAGGUCCGUCAAGUACGAGAAUCAGACAGCCGUUGCCGAGUCAUUCGUCCACCUCACGAAGACCUCUUCCCCCGCCAUCGCCCUCGUAUCUUCAACGUUUGAAUCCACCGCCGCCGCCGAUCCAUGCGGUUAGAUUAGCUUUCGUGCCGACAUCCAAUGUGGAUAACAUUGCUCUGCCGCAUGAGAUAGAAUCGACGAUACGAACGAGACUUCGUCCUCCGCACGUGGCACCACCAAUCUCACGCGUAGGUUUGGAGGAGAGCGCGAAGUUGUUUGCUCACGGUCAGGCAGGCAAGAAUAGUGAGAGUAGGAAAGAAGACCAUGGUAAGAGCGAAAUUGUAGGCGAACGAGGAAACGAAGAAAGAUACCCGGAAGAACCGCCGAUGACACCACCAAGACCGCCUCUGUUCCCGAAACGGCGAACGGCAGAUCCUCCGCGCGUCGCAACUCUGCAAAUGAUACAACAUCACGGUGAAUUGGUCGGUGAGAACGGCGAGAAUGAUGAGAACAACGAGAACGUCGAGAACGACGAGAUUGAUGAACCAAUGGAAUCUAUACUCUCGCACGAAGCGGAACGUAGAAAAUCCGAUAAUCACGAUCCAACGGAAAUACCCGAGCAACCUGUCUACGUUGUAUAUCCGGUCAACACUGCUGUCAAUAUACAUCCGGACGACUCCAAUGAGAAGGAUGGGAGUGUCGUCGUGGGUACGCGAGGCCCUCACCGACCGCUACCACCCGACACUUUGCUUCAGAACAAUCCAGCGGAGGAGGCACAUACCGUCUACAACGGUAGACCUUUGGUUGCCUUAGAUUUUCCAUAUCCUCUGGAACGGCCCGAUCCGACGUCCGUUUUUCCUGCCACUAGUAUGAAAGAAACGCCGCUAUUGAUACCCAGCAAACAGCGGCAACAGCAGCAAACUUCCGCAACCGAACAAGAGAAGAAUGGAAAGGACGAGCACCUGGAUGCGGUAAACGUUAUCCCGUAUUUGCAGGAUUUUCUGCCGACUUCCAAUCGAAAGAAGAACGACGCGACAAUUUCCGUGACGUUGCAUCGCACUGGAUCGAUCGCAACUGCGUCGACCUCAACAUCGACAUCGACACCAAUCGCUUACGUUUACACGCCGACCCACGCUCCAUAUUCGAUUCAUCGUCUCGAUGAGGACGUCGAUGAUGAUGAGGACCAUGCGGACGCGAAUGUCGACGUGAAGCAAACAGUAUUACUACCGUCUCAACAGCCAUCGAGCUCUUCUAGCUCGGCACCGGCGCCGCAAAAUUUUAUGGCUCCUUUUUUCGCCAGUAUGAGCGCCGAGACGCCUAGCAAAAACGGCUGGAGCGUCGUUGUCGUCGAGCCACCUGCGGGGGCGGAAAGGAGGUCUGACAGCAAUGGCGGCGAAUCGUCGAAGGUUGUCAGCUCGGAGAUCGAAACGCAAACCGAGAAGAAUGAGUUUGACGCUGAUAAUUUUAAGCCGCAACUUUUCGGUGGAUUUAAACCGAUCUAUGAGUUUCCUAUGGAGGAUGCGGUGCGAGAUGUCGCCGGCACAAAUACUGAAAUAGACACUCCCAGGCAUUCCACGAAAUUGUUGUCCGUACCUGAUAAAGGAUAAUUUAUUAAAUAAAAGAUAUAGAAUAUCUCAUUUUGUGUUUCCCUUCGAGCUUUGCUCUCGGACAUUCUGCGCUUACGCUUGUUUUAUUAUUCUUCUCGCGUAUACAUAAAUGAAAACGUUGACGAAAGCGAAAGCAAAGCGUACAUUACUAAGCAAUGGGAACAAAGAGCGAAUGUCUUUGCGCGCUGCUCGAUGAAAAGACACAUACAUCUUCGUGGCAGAGCCAGCUAAUAAACGACUGUUGUCGCUCAUUUUUAUAUCGCAUAAUCCUUAAGAACGUCGUGAUAUAAAAUAAUAUAUAAUUUAUUGCAAUGAUUUGCAUUAAGCUCUGCCCCGCUGAUGUAUAG